GGCCGGCGCUGCCGUCAGUCGAGCGCGGCGGUCCCGCCGCCGGUCCCGCUCCUGGGUAUUCCUCGGCAGCCGGAGCGAGCGCUCAGCCCGGACUGGCUCUUUAUGCCGGCGGCUCUCGCUCCUACCGGGCUCUUUCCUUCCUCGCCGCUGCCCGGGGUCCAUGGCGGGGGCGCCCGGCGGGCCGUAGGUGUGGAGCUCAGAUCCAACACAAGACUCAUGUGAGCUUGCCACAUCUUGCCUAAUGGCAUAGCUCAUACUUUCACUUCUGUAAGAGAAGAGAUUUGGAUUCUUCCUGGUGGCAGUGAUCCUACCCAGUCACUGAGUUUCCAUGGGAUACAGAUCAUGUCACUGGACUGCAUUUGGGUAAAGGAUGAGUUCAGUGUUUCUCUGAGGAGUCUUCCAACACAUUUUCCAAGUUACCUUUUAAUGGUGUUCUAAGUGAGCAUAUAUGAAACAAAUAGUAUUGGAUCAUGAGUGAAGAAAAAAACUUUGGUGCAUCCCAGAAAAUGUUGUCUCCUUCAAGAAGUACUAGCAGCUGCUCCUCCAAGCAGGGAAGUCGACAGCAGGACAGCUGGGAAAUUGUAGAAGGACUCCGGGGAGCAAUGAAUUGUACCCAGGAGCCACAGAAGCAGGAGGGAUGCUUGCUGAAAAAGAGGAAAUGGCCUCUGAAAGGCUGGCACAAGAGGUACUUCUUUUUGGACAGAGGGAUUUUGAAAUAUUCUAAAUGCCGAGCUGAUAUAGAGAGAGGAAAACUUCAUGGCUGUAUUGAUGUUGGACUUUCUGUCAUGUCUGUAAAGAAAUCAACAAAAUGUAUAGAUUUGGAUACAGAGGAGCAAAUAUACCACCUGAAGGUGAAGUCUCAGGAGCUGUUUGAUGAAUGGGUAGCAAAACUUCGCCAUCACAGGAUGUACCGCCAGAAUGAAAUCUCCAUGUUUCCUCACGACGCCAAUAAUAUUUUCUUCCCUGCAUCUACUACUACAGAUUCUGUCCCUGGUUUCUGUGAUUCUACUCCAGGUAGAAAGGCAGGCAGCUUGACCAAACAGAAUUCAACAUCAACUGGAGGUAAUUUGUCAUUUUCAUUUUCAAGUAAUGAGUCCAGGAUUUCAUCUUGGCUACAGUCUUCUGAAGACAUGGAAAAAUGCUCAAGAGACCUCUCCAACUGUCACACAUAUUUACUGGAAAUGAACCAGCUGUUACAGAGCAUGGAUGUUCUUCACAGGACAUAUUCAGCACCUGCUAUAAAUGCUAUGCAGGUUGGACCUUUUGAAAGCCCAAAGAAGGAAAAGAGAGCACACAGGAGGUGGCGAUCCAGAGUUGUUGGGAAAGAGGCUAAAGGAAUGUUACAGGUGCCUUCAGUAUUUUCUGCCCCUAUGAGACUGCAUGCUUCCAAUCCAAACUUAUCUACAAUAGAUUUUGUAGAGGAGAAAAAUUACUCUGAUGGCUCUGAAACAUCAUCAGAAUUUACUAAAAUGCAGGAGGACUUAUUUCAUGUUGCACAUAAAGUUUACUUCACCUUGAGGUCAGCUUUCACCACCAUAUCUACAGAGAGAGAAAAGCUGAAGCAGAUGCUGGAGUAUGAUGCAUCCUCAUCUCCAUCUGCACAAAUAGUGGGCUUGAAGAAUGCCUUAACAUCUGCAAUAGCACAAAACACAGAUCUUAAAGACCGGUUACGCAGAAUACAUGCCGAAUCUAAGAUCAUUGAUUCAGCAUCUAAUGCAAAAUCGAGCCCAGAUUUGGCCAAGGAAAAUUCAAGAGAAGAAGGCAGAGGUCUGGUUCACCAGGUCUCCAAUGAAAGCAGACUGUCUAUCGCUGACUCACUCACAGAAUUUUUUGAUGCACAGGAAGUUCUCCUGUCUGCUAGUUCUUCAGAAAAUGAGGUAUCAGAUGAUGACUCAUAUGUAAGUGAUAUCAGUGAUAAUAUCUCAGAAGAUAACCUAAGCAAUGACAUAGAGAAUGAAAGACAAACUUUAGAUUGUAUUUCUGAAAGCGGAAUCGGAUGCAAUUCUAAACGGAGAACGUGUUUACCAGCUCCAUGCCCUAACACAAGUAACAUCAGCCUGUGGAAUAUCCUGAGGAAUAACAUAGGCAAGGAUCUCUCCAAAGUGGCCAUGCCAGUGGAGCUGAAUGAGCCACUGAACACCCUGCAGCGCCUCUGCGAGGAGCUGGAGUACAGCGAGCUCCUGGACAAAGCAGCGCACACGCCAAACCCCUUCGAGAGGAUGGUGUACAUAGCUGCCUUUGCAGUCUCUGCCUAUGCAUCCAGUUACUACCGAGCUGGAAGCAAGCCAUUUAAUCCUGUGCUUGGAGAAACCUAUGAAUGUAUUCGUGAAGAUAAGGGUUUCCAGUUCUUUGCAGAACAGGUCAGUCACCACCCACCUAUUUCUGCAUGCCAUGCUGAAUCUGUGAAUUUUGCUUUUUGGCAAGAUGUCAGAUGGAAAAACAAAUUCUGGGGAAAGUCCAUGGAGAUUGUUCCAGUUGGCACAACACAUGUAACUCUUCCAGUUUUUAAAGACCAUUUUGCAUGGAACAAGGUGACAUCCUGCAUCCAUAACAUCUUAAGUGGGCAAAGAUGGAUUGAGCACUACGGAGAGAUUAUCAUAAAAAAUCUUAAUGAUGACACAUGCCACUGCAAACUGACUUUCAUAAAGGCAAAGUACUGGAAUCCAAAUGCACAUGAGAUUGAAGGCAGUGUCAUGGAUAAAUCUGGGAAAGUUGUGCAUCGACUCUUUGGGAAGUGGCAUGAAAGUUUAUACUGUGGGACAACUUCAUCUUCAAACUGCAUAUGGAGAGCAAAUCCAAUGCCUAAAGAUUAUGAACAGUGGUAUGGAUUUACACAAUUUGCACUGGAGUUAAAUGAACUGGACCCACAAACUAGGUCAUUACUCCCAUCCACUGAUACACGUUUUAGGCCAGACCAAAGGUGUCUAGAAGAAGGGAAUAUUGAAGGAGCUGAAAUACAAAAGCAGAGGAUCGAGCAGCUACAGAGGGAACGACGGAAGGUGCUAGAAGAAAACAAUCUAGAGCAUCAGCCUAGAUUUUUCAGGAAAUCCAGUGAUGACUCCUGGGUGAGCAAUGGAACCUACAUGGACCUUAGAAAAGAACCUGGUUUUUCCAAACUGGACAAUCCUGUCCUCUGGUGAAAGAGGAGCUAAGUGAAGAGAUUCUGUGCUGUAUUUUUGGAUCUGAUUUAAAAGACAUAUAUAUAAAAUAUAACUAUAUAUCUAUAUCUAUAUAUACACACAUAUAUAUAUAUACACACUCACACAGAAUGUGUGUGGUGUGUGCAUAUGUGCAAAUGUGCAUAUCUCCAGAAUUGUGCUUAAUUUAGAAUCUGAUAAUGAAUUUGUUUCCUUUACUCAACUAUUGCAGUGAUUGUUUGAAUGUAUAAAUAUCCUAACUUCUUUUUAUAAAAUAUUUAAUAAAUAGUACUGAAUGUUAACAGAUGGAAGAGAGAGGAGCUUUUGCACUACUUUUUCAAUGUGUAAUAAUGUCAGUUCUGAGUUAAAUUAUGCCUUACUGAGUUGCAUUGGAGACAGCAGCAUCAGCACCUCCUAGCUGUGCUGAGGAAUCAGAGUGCAAGCCUUAGUAACUCAAACUGUAGGCAGACUUCCAUGGUGCAAUGAGUAGUUUAGCUGUCUCUGGGCUGGUAUAAAUUGCUAAAACAGAUUAUCAGCUGGUGCUGGAAUCUGGCUAUGAUCUUUGGCUGUCUGUAGGAAAGAUUUAAGUAAGCUUUUGCUUCUAUUAAAUUUCUUCUUAGCUUUAUGGAAGAGGUAGUUCUGAGCUUACACUGGUGGUUCUACUGCCUUAUACAUGAACUGUACCCGGUUAAAUGUAGUGCUAGAAAGUCAGGAAUCGCCAAAAUUUUCCAUUUUUCAGUUCAAAUUUAUGGCCCCAACAGGGCAAGAGGAAGAGAUCAUUUGUAUAUACUGCUUGAGCACUGACUAGAUGAAGAAGCUCUCUCUUUUUCCAGUAAGUGAAAUCUAUACAGAGCGUGAAAUCCUGUGCUUCCAUAGCUUCAUUUGUUUUUAUUCACUUAAAAAUUGCAACAGUAAGACUUUUUAACAAGUUAGCAAACUGAUUGUUUUAAGCUAGAAAUUUUUUCCUAGUAUUUUGAUAUUUUCUACCUCUUAAGAAAUAACAUAUUUAAAAUCUUAUAUUUAAAAAAUUACCAUCUGCCUUAUGGAGAAGUGUAUGGAGUCUUUGAUCUUCCUCUGUAUGUUUGUUAAGUUCAGAUAAAUAUUUCAAUGUCUUGCACUAAAUCAAUUGCAUCCCUUUCCUGUAAUUUUAUAUGUAUGGUUGUAUGGUUGUGAAGCUACUAAACCACAGGUCAGAAAUUUAGCAGGAAACAAAUGUAGCAGAAACCUCACUUUUGAAUGAAGAUUACAGAGAUCAGUAGGGCAGUAUUUUUGGGUUUUUUCCAUCCAAUCAGGAUGCCAUAGUCAUUAACAGAGUAAUUUGCAUUCCCACAUAUCUGCAACCCAAGCCUGAUCCAUGAUUCUUCAAAUCUGCCCUGUGUGUCUGCAGCUCUCUGGCAGCAGUGCAGUUUUCCACAUGAUAGAUCUGCAUCCUGUCACCACAUCAUUUUCUUUUCUUUACAUGACUUUUCUUUACUGUAAAGACACAAAACAAACCCGAAUGCUGACAUGUUAAAUUGGCUUAUGACUGGAAUAACUGGACAUGGCAUGGAUUAAGUAGACUCCUAGGAGGACAUACUAAUAGCUUAGAAAAGCUUGCACUUUACAGCAAUUGUGCUGCAUUGUUCUAGAGAAAAUCUAUUUAAAAUGGACCCAUGUAUUAUAUGUAACAUGAAGGAAAUACUAUGAAGGUUUUAAAUUUUAAACAAAAUCUUUGAUGUCAGAUUAGAUGUAUAUUUGAACUUUGUUUUCUGUUACCUUGAAGCCUCAUUGUCUGAGAGGCAGAAGAAUGCUUUUUCACCAUUUUUCAUUUUGCCCAGGAUCUCUGCCUCACAAUCAUUUCCAUAAUUUAUUACCAAAGAAGUCAGCAUAAUUAUAUCUAAUUAAUAUCUCUUCGAAAGACUUGACUACCAUGCCAGCAGCUUGCAACAAGGCAAAGUUCACAUUUAUAUGAAGACAAAAUCUGAUUUUGGGCUUUGAUUCCAAAGGAAAUCUUAAACUUUGGGGGCUGUUUGGCUUUUCAAGAAAAAUGUGAUUCUCUUCAUGACUUCCUCCCUUCCUGUCUUUUAUCCUUGUAUUAACUGUCAAAACCUGGCACAGAAAUGAGUUGAUAAUUGCAAUUAUACUUCCUGUUGGUAAUUACAAUUUAUACUAAAAAUAAGGUUCAUUUGAAAACAAAAGAGGGUAGAGGGAAUAAAAGCUUUUAAGAAAAGGAGCAAAAUUUGUGGAGGCUGCAUUAAGCUUGCUCACUGUCAUAUUUGGCAGCUACUGUGUCUGAUCUGAUUGCUGGGUUUGUAUAUUCUAUGUGUGGGGGGCUUCCCCAUACAGGUAUUAAACAAAACAAAUCUCAUGGGGUAUUUGAGUCAUGAUUUUUGAGAAAUCAGACUGGCAGUGCCAAGUCUGAUUUCUCUAGCACUCCAAACUGUUCAAAAUACAUGGGAUUAAUGACAAGAAGCAUUGGGCUGAGCAGUGCCUUAUAUAAGAAUUUCUUCAUCAAAAUUUCUGUAUCAAGAAAGUAAACUCCAGAAUUUUAGCAUUGUCUCCAUAUAAAAAUGUCUGAGAAUAAUCCAGGGCAUUUCUUAAAUGCAUGAACCAAAAUCAUUGAACAAGUGAUUGCUCCUUUUGUAAAUCUGUAAGACACAUCUCCAAACACAGUUUAACCAGUUGUGAAUGAUCCUCUGACUCCACAUUUCCAACUGCAGUAUAGUUUUCCCUGCUUACUUUUGUAUGAAAUAAUUGGGUUUACUUGUUAAACUUCUGUUAAUUGUAUAUUAAGAAGUGGAAGAAAUUUGUCUUGAUGUUAGCUCUGUGUAUUUCUGCAUGUAAAUAUAUUCAACAUUCACAAACUUAAUAUAUUCUAUAAAGUUAUUCUUGGUAAAAGAUGAAAUUUUGGUAAUUUUCUUCCCCAAAACUUCAGCUGUGUUAACGUGUACAAAAUUUAUAUUAGCUUUCUGCAGUAUAACUGAGACAAAUGUUAUUUUUAAUAACUGACACUGAGAGACUUUUUACCCACUAUUUCUACCCUGAAUGGUAAAAAAGAAUGUAUCAGACAACUUAACUGAUUCCUUUCAUACACAGCUGUGAUCCCCAAGGUGUGUAACUCAAUGGAUCAGUCUUAAAAUUUCCUGAUGACCCCUGCCUGCUGUUACAGCUCUCUUAUUUAAUGACUUUAUAAACAUUGCUUAAUAUGAUUUUGGAGGCCAGUUUGAGAAGCACUCAUGCAGCUCUGUCUUUCUCUAUUUUCAGAUUUGCAGGCUUGAUGCUUAGUUUCUGAUUUUGUGUAAAUUUGGGAUUGGAAAACAGCAUCACUUGUUCAGGAGAUGACUCUGGGUAGCAUAAAGUGUCCUUCAGACCAAGUGGAACUGGAAUGCAACAUUAAUCACUGCAUUCCUUUCUGGAUCUCUGUUCUCUGAGAUAUGCUUGAUGUGAUAGUUUGCCAGCACUGAACUACUUCUUUUAGAUACUUUUUGAAAUACAGUCUGUACUUAGGUUCUUUAUGCAGAGCUUGGAAAGUUAGAUGCCUGGAAGAAAGGCUAAAACCAGCCCAAAUUUUGGUAAGGAAACAUCCAGAAGAUCUGUUUUUCCACCAGCCAGUUUUCUUCGAAGGACUGGAAACGGGAUUGCUGCUUUCUUUUAAAAUCUGUCCUCUGAAGGACAUAACAGUUGCAAACACAGUCACCUUAUUACCUGGUAGCUUAGUGUUGAAUCCACUUCACUGUACAGAAAGAACACCAAUUCAUGGGACCAGAACUAGGGCCCAACCAGGGACACAUUUCACAUUGCACAAUGGGCCAGUGCUGGUCUCAAAACAAACAACCCUCCCAAAAAACCCAACCUCACUCCUUUCCAUGCCCCCCACUUUCCCUCAGCUGUUUACAGUCCUGUUCAGGUUUUCUAUGUGGUCCCUUAUGCAGUGUCUCAUUUUUCUCUUUAUUAGAAAAACUUGACAAAUAGGAAAACAGUCCAUUCUAACAAAUGGUAAAUCAUACCUAGAGACUGUAGUUAAAUUCUCUUCCCCAUAGAUUCCUUCUGUAUCUUUUCCUUUACUGUGCAUAAGACUUUCUUAGACUCUGGAGUCAGACCAGGCAAGGGUAGUGUGCUAGAUCUGCUCAGCAGAUCCUAAUUAUGAGUGUCCUUGCAUCUGCUUUUAUGUAAAUCUCUUGUGUUCUCUCUCCAAAUGACCAGCUUGGCAGAGCAGGAAACUUUCAGCAUGUCUUGCUUUGUUCAGUAUGGCUUCUUUUUUGGGUACAACUCAUGCAGAGGGAGCAAGCUGAAGAGGAGUGGAAAACUUGGCCCAUGGUGCAUUUUUAACAGAGAGAAGGAUGACAUCCAACCUGUCCACAUAACUGAAUACAUCUUGCAAGGGCUAAAAUGAGACAGUGCUAUUCAAAGGGGUGCUAUUCAAAGGGAUGCUAUGAAAAUGAAAGGGGUUUUUUUGAUUGAGUGUGUUUUCAUUCAUGAAUUAUGCCUACAAUAAAUAAAAUUCAGUGUUCACUAACUCAUCCUUUCUAUUUCCUAGCUACUGGUGGGUGCAACUUACUCCAGCAGCUGUGGGCUCAUAAGGAACACACAUUAUCUGGCUUACCUUUUGAAACUUAGUAAAUGCUGUAACUUACCACCAAAUAUAUUACUGUACUGCUCUUAGAUACUGUUCUUGCUGCAGCUUUUUGAAAGCAAUAAGAGAAAUUUUUCACAUGAGUAGCUGCCAUAUGCUAAAGAAUUAUUUUAAAGGGUUCAUUUUUUAAUAUAAAUUGUGGAUUUGGUGUUUUUAAUGUGUAAAACAAAACUGUAUUAAAGCUUAUGAGAAUGUUUGGGAUGCUGAUCCCCAUGAAGUGAUGGCAUCCAUCAGCUCCACACAUUGGAGAUGGCUGGCAUCCCUGAGAAUCUGAAAGUCUUUGUGUUAACAGUAUUUGUUAGUUCCAGUAUUGGAAAAACAUCCCACAUGUAUGAGGUAUUACAUAAACAAAGCUGCUAAAUGCUGAAUUUGUUGUUUGUUUUGAUAGGGCAUUAGUGAUUUCAGAAUGAGGAAUGGCAUCUUAUGUAUUAGAAUUAUUGCUGACUUUCAAAUAUUUGAGAAGUUUCUCUGUAGUCAGGAUAAUCCCUGUUUUAUGCUUCACUCCAAAAAUUUGUAAUAACAUUGGAGUACCUUGAUGCACAACUUGAUUUAUUAUUUUUCUCUCUGUAACCAAUUCAGUUGGAUGUUAAUAAAUCAUACUUGUGAAAGGUCA